AUACCCGGAGGCCAGACGUAUGUUUGGUCGUUGGGGUCGACAGAUAACGAAGUUUUACGGACUUGCUGUGUUAGUCGUUGUUUUAAUCGGGUUCUCGGAGUUUCUGUGGAUAAGUAACAAAGCCACAACACGAACACUUGACUCGUUUCAGACACAGGCCAGUGUCGUGAGUCACCACCCAGUUGAAAAACUUCCAAAGACUUCUAACAAAACUAGUGGCUUCGAGGUAAAAGAAGUAUCACUGAGUGACGUCCAGAACAGUGUAAAUAACAGUUUACAGUUCAUACCAGCUGUUCCUGACGUUUCACAUUUUGAUAUCGUUCCACAAAUAUCCCAAAAAAUAGUUGACAACUUCUUAAUUCUACCAGAAACACUAUGUAAUUACAAUAUUUUGAUAUUGACGCCCGUUCGGAACGUUGCUAAAGUCUUACAAUCUUACGCUGAUAUACUUGGUACCUUUACAUACCCACAUAACAUGUUGACAGUGUUCUUUGGAGAGGAUGGAAGUUCAGACGGCACUCUGAAUGCGUCAAGAGAGGCAGCGAAUACUCUCGUGGAUGUUUAUGAAUUUCGAGCUGCGGCUACCGUACAGUUGAACCUCACAGGAGGCAUCACCUCUCUCAAGUGGGAAGACAUUCAUAAGCAAACUGCCCAGAAAAUAAGGCGUUCACAUAUGGCCAAGUCAAGAAACAAAUUACUUUCAUCUGCAAUUGAAACAGACGUCUUUGACUAUGUUCUUUGGAUAGACAGCGACGUUGGUACACUACCCACUGAUAUUAUUCAGCAGCUUCUAUUCGCAAAGGCAGACGUCGUUGCACCUUGUUGUUUGUACGUUCAAAAACACUACAAAUAUAAUUACGACAGAAAUUCUUGGCGCGAAACACCCGAAUCCCUUAAUUACCAGAAACACAUGUCAGAGGACUUUCUCAUGCUAGAAGGCUAUUUAAAAACAAAAAGAAUACUCCUACCCGACUUAAAAGCUGAGGGUCGUGUCGUUCGACUAGACGGGGUAGGGGGGUGUGUGCUACUUGUGAGAGCUGAGUGUCACAGACAGGGACUCGUCUUUCCUGAGAAAGUUUACAAUCAUCAUAUUGAGACAGAGGGGCUCGCAAAAAUGGCGACUGACAUGGGAUUCAGUGUCCGGGGGAUGCCCUGGGUUGAAGUUAUUCAUAGAUAAUAUUUGGUUCGAAUGCAUGCUUAAUAAAACAAUAAAAUGUGUAAAAGUCUUUAAUAAACAAAAUUGGACGAAGUC